AUGUUCAACAAUGUCUUCUAUACACUCUCUCAACAUCUUUACCUUCGCCUUCACCUUCACCUCUGUGACGAUUCAUGCAUUCAUCUUUCUCUUAUGCGAGAUGUAAAGUGGCGCUGCAUGCCUUCCUCAUCAUGGGAAGAGUCUGCAGCAGAGGCUAAGAUUGAGGAAAGAAAGCAAGGAAAAACAAUAGGUUACAGCAGCAGAGUGAAAGCAAACAUCAUUCGCAUGUAA